AUGGGACUCCUUGCAGAGAAUAAGAUCCGACGAAAGAUCAACAAGGAUCCCAACAACACCAAAUGGACUCGAGACACCAACACCUUUGGGCAGAAGAUCCUUCGUGCCCAGGGCUGGCAACCGGGCCAGUUCCUCGGAGCUGAGAAUGCGCCGCACUCGGAGCUGCACACAGCUGCAAACGCCUCAUACAUCCGCGUCGUUCUCAAGGAUGACAUGAAGGGACUGGGUUUCAGCAGGUCCAAGGAGGACGAGAUUACAGGACUCGAUGUCUUCCAGGACCUGCUCAGCAGACUCAACGGAAAGACAGAGGAUGAAGUUGUGGUGGACCAGCAGGCGCGCCUCGCUGUCAAGACCCAUCACUUUGUCGAACAACGAUACGGACCGAUGCGAUUCGUUUACGGUGGUCUUCUGGUGGGCGAUGAGAUGAAGGAGAAGGACGAUGAGGAAGCCAAGACACCCAAGGACGAGGACGAAGACGUGAUUAUGGAAUCCGCCCCGGCACCGAAGGAAUCUAAGAAAGAGAAGAAGUCAAAGAAGCGGAAGGCUAGCGAAGACGACGAAGACUCUUCCAGCCGAGAUUCUGACUCCAAGAGCAAGAAGAGACGCAAGGAGGAACGCAAGCUGAAGGAGAACGACAGCAGCGCCGACACGGACGAUGCCAAGGCCAAGAAGAAGGAUAAGAAGUCCAAGAAGGACAAGUCGCGCAAGAAGUCUGCAGAUGCCUCGGAAGAGGAGUCAGAGGAGCGCUCCAAGAAGCGGAAAUCCAAGUCCAAGGAUAAGAGCCGGUCUCCCGAAGACUCGGAGGAAGACAAGGUAAAAGAGAAGAAGUCUAAGAAGGAGAAGAAGGAAAAGAAAGACAAGAAGCGCAAGAAGGAGGAGGCUGCGUCUGAGUCAAGCAGCACCGUCGCCACGCAAGAGUCAACGCCUGUGCCGUCUAUCCCAGGAACCGGGGUGACGACACCAUCCGGAACAUCAACUCCUCGGGGAAGCAGGAACUUUGUGCGGUCUCGAUUUAUUGCGCAGAAGAGACAGGCUGUGUUGGAUACCAAGGCGCUGAACCAGAUUUUCAUGGUCAAGGCUUAA